GUAGAUAUUGGAGAAAAUUUGAUAGGAAAUACAGAAGGAGAUACGGCAUAUCCGAUGGACCCCACAAGCACUACCAGUACCAGCAGCACAAACUGAAAAAGAAGUCUAUUGCAGUGCCAAAACUGUUGGCAGCACCGCACCACCAGAGACGUUAUGCUAACACUCAUUUAGCUAUACGCUUCACACUGAUUUCGCUCUCUAGGGUUUUUGCUCAUAAUGACAACUUACGAAGACGAUAGCCAGACGAAGCCGUGCCCGGACGCGGAGACGGAGGAGCAGGAGCCAGGUUUUCUAACCCCUGCUCCGCUCUCGGAGGAUGCGUUGAUUGAGAGGAUGGAGAGUGUAGCGCUAAAAUCUGAAGACAAUAACGACAGCAUUGUUGAUGAUGAUGGAAACAAGGAUGUCGCCGGAUGCGAGAACAGCGGAUUGCUGCCGCUGCGACCGUACGCUGGGGAUUGCCCUCACUACGUGCGAACUGGCACGUGUAAGUUUGGACUGAACUGUAGGUAUAAUCACCCAGUCAAGAAGACUCAGCAGUUUCUUAAAAGUAGGGACUCGGAUUCGGACAACUUUGGCACGAUUGAGUGCAAGUACUUCUCAACUGCAGGAGGGUGCAAGUACGGAAAAUCUUGUAGAUAUGGCCAUCCCGGUGAAGAGUCGGAAAAUACUGUUCCAGAGCUUAACUUUUUGGGUUUGCCUAUGCGUCUGGGUGAGAAGGAGUGUCCAUACUACAUGCGCAAUGGUUCCUGUGGUUAUGGAUCUCGUUGUGUUUAUCAUCAUCCGGAGCCUACUUCAGUGGCAGGAAAGAGAUCUCCCAAUGGAAUGGAUGAAAAGUUUGGGGAACCAGUAGUCAGUCUUGCAGAAAAUAGCAGUGUUGGUUCUCUGCACCUGUCAGGAGCAUCAAAACCAUAUCAAGCACCCUGGUCUUCACACAAAUCAUCUCACAGUGUGGGUCCCUAUUCAGAAAACCAGUCAUCUCCUCAAUGGAUUGGUGAACAAUCAGAACAUAAUGGGCCUCAGGGUUCAAACUAUUCCCAUCAAGGAAGAAAUUCUUGUACGGCUCCAACUGCCAAUGGUUGUGUGAGAAAAAUGGAUGGCUCUAUGCAAGUUGAUGAAUUCCCUGAACGACCAGGUCAGCCUGAAUGUGAUUACUUCAUGAAAACUGGAGAUUGCAAAUUCAGGUCUACAUGUCGGUUUCACCACCCGAAGAAUCGGACGCCUAAGGUAGAAGAAUGUAUUCUUAAUGAGAAUGGCCUGCCACUGAGACCUGGUAGAAGCAUUUGUAGGCAUUAUGAGCGUCAUGGUCUUUGCAAGUUUGGACGUGCAUGCCUGUUUGACCACCCAGCAACCCAUGGAUUGCCAGCAUAUCCAGAAUGGCCCACCUCAGGGUCUGCUGUUGGCUGUGAUGGUAGUGGCUGGGAUUAUUAAAUCACAUAGCCAGGUGUGGGGUCUUUUGUUUUGUGUAUUUAGGCUUCCAUAUCUAAUCAAGCUUCUCUACAAGGAAGCGUCUUUAGCGACAUACACUUCUAGUUGCAAGUGCUAGCAUGGUACUGUAGGAAGAAAAACCUAAACAUGUCCAGAGAAACAGAGGUAUAAAUAAAAUCAUUGUCUUGAUGUCA